AUGCCCGCUCACUCAACACUGAAAGGCUGGACGCAUACCAAUCAAGAAUCCUCUCUCCCAUCGGUCGAUACAACACAGCUAGCAGAUCACCAAUACUCCCCAGUAAUAUCGUCUUCUCAACUGCUCGAUGAAGAUAAAGUGAAUUCAGGACGCCUAGAUCAUCUCCUCCCGUCCCUCUCAAGCCCUGAUUACCGCCCACUUGUUUGCCUAUGGGAGCAAGUUCGAGUCGAGUGUCCCCUCCUAUACGACGGCGCGGUUUCAAGUGAUGUGGACUCUCUGUCCUCCCUCAUUCAGCUCGCAGAUUGGCUCGCGGAUUGGUUUUCGAAAAAAUUAGCUAGGCUUGAGGGGGGCGGUCGCCCCGGGUUCAGGGAGCCGCGGAAGCUGCCCGAGCUCACUAGGCUGAGAGCAUGGAUUCUUGUGACGAUACGGAAACAAGUCGAGAAGGAUUUGGGGGUUGCGAAGCCUCGCCGGGGCCGGGCGGCGCAGAAGACGGACAAGAAGAAGAGAACAGCGAGGCCCGAGGACGAGCGGCUGCGUAUCAAGCUCACUAUGUAUACAACCGCGUUGAGGCUUGUACAGACCUGGAGCAGCUUACUCCGGAAGAGAAAGGAUUCUUUGGUCUCCCAAGUGGUUCAAGAUGAUGAAUCCUCGCGUAUGGAUCCGUCGACGGUCUUUGCCAAUUCGAAAUUGUUUGACUCAUCGGAACAACAAGCUUCGAUCGUUGAGCAGGACCAUUCUCCAUCCGCUAGUCCUGCCACUGCCACUCCACCAUCUCCUGCACGUGACCGAUCUCCUGCUCUUGCACUCUCUCUUGAUCCAGCGUCAAUCGCUCCAGCUAGUCCAGUCCUCUCUGCUCCAAUUCCGAUGGUGACAUAUUCUCCAUCCGCUGAGACGUCUCUCCCUCAAACCCAAGACGACUACGGAGAGUUCGGUCCCAUCACAGACUUCCUGGACCCAUUGGCGUACUGGGAUUCUUCCGAUUACACGGAACCAUUGGCGGCACUGCUCCCUGCUCCGAACACAAUGGCUACAUAUUAUCCAUCAGAUGAGACACCUCUCCCUCCAAUCCAAGACGACUACGGAGAUUUAGAUGCCUUCACAGGUUUCUUGAACCCAAUGGCUCAGGCUUACUUGAAUUCUUUCGAACCGACGCAACCCUUGAUGGCACUGCUCUCUGCUCCCAUCGCGGUGGCUCCAGUUCCGCCCCCUUCUCUUGCACGAGUCUCUCCUGAUCUAGCUUCGACCGCUCCAGCCAGUCCACUUUUCUCUGCUCCAAUUACGACGGCGACAUAUUCUCCAUCGGCUGACACGCCUCUCGCUCAAAUCCAAGACGAAUCCGGAAAUAUCGACUACGUCACAGACUUCCUGAACUCGUCGGCUUACUGGGACUCUUUCGAAUCCACGCAACCAUUGGCGCCACUGCUCCCUCCUGCGAUCACGAUGGCUCCAGUCCCGUCCUCUUCUCUUGCGCACUCCCUUAAUCUAGCUUCGACCGCUCCAGCUAGUCCACUUCUCCCUGCUCCAAGUACGAUGGCUGCAUAUUCUCCAUUCGCUGAGACGCCUCUUUAUCAAAAUCAAGAUGACAACGGAGAUUUCGAUACCCUCACAGACUUCAUGAACCCAUUGGCGUACUUGGACUCUUUCGAAUCGGCGCAACCCUUGGAGGCAAUACUCCCUGCUCCAAUCACGAUGGCUCCAGUUCCGUCCCCUUCUCUUGCGCGCUCUCCUGAUCCAGCUUGGACCGCUCCAGCUAGUCCGGUCAUCCCUGCUCCAAUUACGAUGGCGACAUAUUCCCCAUCAGUUGAGACGCCCCUCCUUCAAAUUGAAGACGACGACAGAGGUUACAAUACUUUCAUGGACUUCAUGGACCCAUUGGCCUACUGGAACUCUUUCAUGUCGACCUAA